AUGUCUGCUUCUACUACUACUCCAGCUGCUGCUGCUCCUGCUGCUACUGACGGUCCUAAUGAGAAGAACGGUGCUAACCCAGUAGUCACCCAAGUCAACCCCUACGGACCCCAUCCUUCGGAUUACCUUUCCAAUGUCAGUGGAUUCCAACUGAUCGAGUCUACUCUUCGUGAGGGUGAACAAUUUGCCAAUGCUUUCUUCGACACUGAGAAGAAGAUCGAGAUUGCCAAGGCUUUAGAUGACUUUGGUGUUGACUACAUCGAGUUGACUUCUCCUGCUGCUUCUGAGCAAUCCAGAAAGGAUUGUGAGGCCAUUUGUAAGCUCGGACUCAAGGCCAAGAUCCUUACUCACAUCAGAUGUCACAUGGACGAUGCCAAGUUGGCUGUUGCUACUGGUGUUGACGGUGUUGAUGUCGUUAUUGGUACUUCUCAAUUCCUUCGUCAAUAUUCUCAUGGUAAGGAUAUGAACUACAUUGCCAAGAGUGCUGUUGAAGUUAUUGAGUUUGUUAAGAGUCACGGUAUUGAGAUCCGAUUUUCUUCGGAGGAUUCGUUCCGUUCCGAUUUGGUCGAUUUGCUCAAUAUCUACAGAACCGUUGACAAGAUCGGUGUUAACCGUGUUGGUAUUGCUGAUACCGUUGGUUGUGCCAACCCUCGUCAAGUUUAUGAACUUGUUCGUACUCUUAAGUCGAUUGUUUCUUGUGAUAUCGAGUGUCAUUUCCACAACGAUACCGGUUGUGCCAUUGCCAAUGCUUACACUGCUUUGGAGGCUGGUGCCAAGCUCAUUGACGUUUCUGUUCUCGGUAUUGGUGAGAGAAACGGUAUCACUCCUCUUGGAGGUUUGAUGGCCCGUAUGAUUGCUGCUGACCGUGACUACGUUCUUUCUAAGUACAAGCUUCACAAGUUGAGAGAAUUAGAAACCUUGGUUGCUGAGGCUGUUCAAGUUAACAUUCCUUUCAACAACCCCAUCACUGGUUUCUGUGCCUUUACCCACAAGGCCGGUAUCCACGCCAAGGCCAUUCUUGCCAACCCUUCGACAUACGAGAUCCUCAACCCCUCGGAUUUCGGUCUUACCAGAUACAUUCACUUUGCCAACCGUCUGACCGGAUGGAACGCUAUCAAGUCCCGUGUUGACCAAUUGAACCUCAACCUGACCGACGACCAAUGUAAGGAAGUCACUGCUAAGAUCAAGAAGCUCGGUGACGUCCGUUCGCUAAAUAUCGACGAUGUCGACUCCAUCAUCAGAGACUACCACCAGUCCGUCACCACCCCUGCUCUCAACCCUGUUGACGACGCCGACCUCCCUGCUAUCAAGAAGCAAAAGACCGAAGCCGCUACCAACGGCACUAACGGCGCCUCUGCUUAA